UGUCAACUUGACCCCGUGCCACGAUGUCGGUAGAAGACUGGCCCUCGAUUUUCGAUCCUUCCUCUUGCGUCCGUCGCGGUCUCUGUCCUGUUACUGAAAUACGGAAUACCACGACAUUCGAGAGCCAUUCUCUGUAUUUCGAGCAACAUGGAACUGGUCCGGAGAAGCUGGUCUUCGUCAUGGGGCUAAAUAGCAGUUCAUUCGCGUGGGCCCUGCAAGUCGCGCAUUUCAGCAGGCUUCCUCAGUACUCAGUCCUUGUCUUUGAUAAUCGUGGUGUCGGAUACAGUGGUGUUCCAAGAGGGCCUUUCACGACUAGCGCCAUGGCAGAAGACCUUGUUGCGCUCUUGGAUUACGUUGGUUGGAAGGAACCCAGAGGGAUACAUAUCAUCGGCUUGUCUCUUGGCGGCAUGAUAGCACAAGAGGUAGCCUAUCGAAUUCCAGAACGAAUUACGUCCCUGACUUUGGGCGUCACUACGCCCGGAGGAUAUCCAUGGACCAACUUUCCGCCAUGGAAGGGUGUUAUAGGACUCUUGAAAGCCACAUUCACCAAAGACCUCACUAUCAAGAUCCCUAUUAUACACGAUAUGGUUUUUACCAAAUCCUGGCUCGAAGACAAGGAUGAAGAAGAUCCUAGGCGAACCAACCGAGAACGCGAAACAGAGGUGCUCAGGAACCGCAUAAAUCUGACCAAGCCCCAAACUCUUUUAGGAACUAUAUAUCAGAUGUGCGCUGGUCUUACGCACCAUGUUACUCCGGGUCGACUGCGCAAAAUUUCCUCCUCUGUCCCUAAGGUUCUUCUUGUCACAGGAGACGAAGACAACUUGGUGAAGUCAGAUAACACUUUCUAUCUCAAGCGGCACAUGCCCGAGGCGGAGUUAGUGCAAUGGGAGAACACUGGACAUGCCAUUCACUAUCAACGCCGACGUGAAUUCAAUGCUUUGAUUGAACGGAUAGUCAAAGAAGGUCGGGAGACGGCCUUGCAGCGAGACUAGACCAUUAUAUUAGACAUCUAUCUUACAUCUAGAAGUUACUUUUUUUCCCCGGAAUAUUAUGUGUUCGCUUAUCACAACCCUGCUAGUCGAAAGCCAAUGGAAGGGCGCAUCGGCGACCAGGUUUUAAACACACUUGACCUAGUUGUCGAUCCUCCAAACGUUUCUCUCCGAUAAAGACAUUGCACAAGUUAGAAACGCGUCUUGUAGAUGCACUCGUGUUCGAGUUUUGUUGUCCCGGUCAAAACAGCUCCCAGGCGCCCAUGAUGUUCUGUGUGCUCCUCGGGUUCUUGCGACAGACCCGACUGAUCUUGAGAUAUUCAGCUAUUGCAAUCAGCCUUUGCAUCUACACAACUGUCUCGUCCGCAGCAUCUACAAAAGUUGUAAGAAUUGUCUCCGGAUGUGUUAUAAUGCGUGGUGCAUGAUUCCUUUCGUAAGCU